CUUCCACGAGGAAUGACAUGGAGGCUACUUAGUCACAAACAUCGCAGUACUUUCUCUUCAGUUAGAUCUAAAUCGAGACGCGACAGGUCCUGUGCGUGGCUCAACUAUUUCCCGGCUCCGGUGCGUCUGGAUUUGCCAGUGCAGUGAGGAUGGCUGUUGUGUCAGGACUUUCGGCGAUACUGAUCGCCAAUGUACUGAUACCCCUAGCUAUCGCAAUCUUCUCAUCCGGAUUUUUCCCAUACAAGCCACUGGUUUCAGGGCUCGCAAAAUGCGAAGAUCUCGAGCAAUAUGUUAAGCCGCCCUUUGACAAGGUUAUCUUCAUGGUGGUCGAUGCUUUGCGAAGUGAUUUUGUGUAUUCGAACGCGUCAGGAUUUACAUUCACACAGAGUCUCAUUCGGUCAGGGGCUGCGCUUCCAUUCACUGCACACGCCAGUUCUCCCACUGUCACCAUGCCCCGUCUCAAAGCUAUGACUACAGGGUCUACUCCGUCAUUUUUAGACGUUAUAUUUAACAUCGCGGAGUCAGAUACGUCAACAACACUAGCAUUUCAAGAUACUUGGCUUGCCCAACUGAGGGCAAGAGGUGACCGCCUCGUGAUGUAUGGUGAUGACACCUGGCUCAAGCUAUUUCCUGGCAUGUUUGACCGUUCAGAUGGCACUACUAGCUUCUAUGUCUCAGUGAGUAGACAAUCUACAAUCUUUCUGGUGUAUCUUCGAUACCAAGUUAAACCCACACUGCAGGAUUUCACUGAGGUUGACCAUAAUGUGACUCGGCAUGUACCCAGUGAGCUCCUUCAAGACGACUGGUCUGCCUUCAUAAUGCAUUUCCUCGGCCUCGACCAUAUUGGGCAUAAAUUGGGCCCUCAGAGUUCACAUAUGCUCAGAAAGCAGCGUGAAAUGGACUCGGUGAUAGGCGAGUUAUAUGCUAGCAUCGAGCGGGAAGGACACCUUCAAUCAACCCUCUUAGUACUGUGUGGUGAUCACGGAAUGAACGAUGCCGGUAAUCAUGGUGGCUCAUCUUCUGGUGAGACGUCACCGGCACUUCUAUUCAUAUCGCCAUUGUUCAAGACUAUGGGAGGGCCCCGCCAUCAAGCUCCGAUAGACAUUCCCGAUGACUUUCAAUGCUACAAAACCGUCGACCAAACAGAUAUCGUUCCGACCCUGGCAGGGCUUCUUGGUUUCCCCAUCCCGUUAAACAAUUUGGGCGUGUUUAUUCCGGACCUUCUGGGUGUGUGGCAUUCAUAUUCUCAAAGAACCAAAGUUUUGCUCGCGAACGCCAAGCAAUUGCUGAGGAGGUUGGAACAUUCUUUCCCAGAUCACAAAAUCACAGUCGAUCAACUCCCGGGCAGAUGUACUACUGAGUUGCUAACCAGCAUGCACGAAGCCCAAUGUGCUUGGCUUCAAGUAAUGAGUCUUGUCGACAACUCCAUCAGUACUGGGGACCAAGACGAGCUUGAGCCUGCGCUCAAGCGAUUUUUAUCAUCAGCUCAAGAAGUAUUAACCAAUGCUGCUAGUGAUUACAACCUCCGACAACUUCUCCUAGGCAUUGGUGCUAUGGCUCUCGCCGUCUUGCUGCUUCUUCCGCAUGCUUAUAAGCAGCUGUCCAUAUCGAUGCAUUCUGGGGCAUUCUUUGCUGGUCUCAUUGUGUCUUACGGUGGUAUGAUGUUUGCAAGCAGCUAUGUUGAGGAAGAACAUCAAUUCUGGAAUUGGAUUUUUUCAGCGUGGAUAUUCCUUCUGCAUGUGAAAGUUGCUUCGCGGAGGUCUUGUGCUUCUUCCGAGCAACUUCCCAUCAGCAAUGGUUCAUUCUCAAGCUCGAUGGCCCAGUAUGCUACAUUGGGAUUGUUCGCAACUCACCGUAUUCUUAGGCGCUGGAACCAAACAGGUCAGAAAUUUGCGGCCGAGCCAGACAUUGCACACGGGUUUCUUCCCACUCACCUAUACAUUCUCUGGCUGUUGGUGAUUGUCACAUAUGUGGAUAUAUGUGUUCACCUCUCUAACGGUUAUCACUCAUCCAAGCCGUGGCGUCUAAUUUGCAUUGCUGUGACAGCAACAGCUUUCCUUUUCAAGCUUGGAUCUGUGGUCUCGGAUUUCCCUGAGCUCCUUGGGACCACUCACAUAGGAACCUUAAAACAGGCCUUUAACAAGGUCCCGCUUAUUCUCCUUUCACGAAUUGUCUUCGUAGGGUUGCUCCUCCUUAUCCUGGUCACAUUAUACAGCAGGAAGAUUACUUGUAAAAAGGGACCAGUUAAGUUAGGAAUGCACACCCGCGUUAUGCACGAAGCCCUCACUCUCUUAUUGAUCACACAGUCUCGGACCACGAAUAUUCCACUGUUCUUAAUUUUCAGGUUGCAAGCAGUUACAUUUGCUUCAAUGAACCUCUCUGGUAUUGAAUUGACGAUCACAUCCCUCCUGAUGCAAUAUAUGACUUUCUUCGCAUUCGGUGGUUCGAAUGCCAUUUCUUCCGUCGACCUUUCAAAUGCUUACAAUGGUAUUGACCAUUACAGUUUUUUCUUGGUGGGUCUGCUGACUUUUGUUGGCAAUUGGGCUGGGCCAAUAUGGUGGGCCUCGGCUGCUCGACGCCUGCGGUAUAGACAAACCUGGAAGGGGAGAGAGGUCCAUAUGACUACUCUCACUUUCCAUAUAGCAACAUCAUCGCUGUGUGUCAUGAUUGCUUGUGCGACAUUGAGGGCGCAUCUUUUCAUUUGGACAGUCUUCUCCCCUAAAUAUCUUUAUAUGAUGGCAUGGGCUGUCAUGGGCCAUCUCGGUGUCAAUUUACUUGGGGAAUUUUCAUAAUGUGCAUGAAAUAGGCGCGGGUUACGGAGAAUGCGGUACCACCGGGUGUCUCGCUGACGGAGACAGAUUGAAGACUUUUUGGUUGAUGAUUCUGGGAGGCAUGUCGACAGUGUGCACAUCCAGCUCACCUACAGCAAAGAGUCGAA